UAGAAAAAAAUUAUCCAACGUCGUUUUUUUAUAAAACUGACUUUGACUUCCUUGAAUAUGAACAAAUUAACAUCCAGGAAAAACUAAGGCGUUGCAUUGACAUUAGCGCAUCUUAUCCCGAAAAGGCCUUUGUAAAAGCCCCAUCGAUAUCUCAAAAAACUAAAGAACAUCUUGCUUAUUUAUGUGCAAAAAAUGCUAUUAAAAAAGUGUACCAUGGGUUCUAUAAUAACAUAAUUGGUGAAAAGUAAUCGUUUAACUUUUUUAGGGCCGGUUGUUCAAUCACGGUUUAAACUGCAGAUUAGGUAAUCUGUAGUUUAAGAUAAUCCACAGUUUAUCUUUUAUUGCGUUGCUCAUUUGCAGUUUAGAGAGAGUUUAACUAAACUGCGUUUAAUGAAAUUUCUAUUGGUGGCAACACUGUAAUCCGCUCAAAUUUUGACGUUUACGCUAUUCAAACUUCAAAUUUGGUUUGUUUACAAGCGCGUAUGUUGUUUUGUUCGUGAUUGAAAUAGUGUAUGUAUUUUUUGUGUAAUUAAUCGUGGCUAGUAACACCGUUUGGAAAUGGAGAAUGCUGAUUUAAUACGGAAGCGACAACGAUCUGUAAACUUCAAUCCAACCGAAGAAGCGAUGCUUCUGCAGCUCGUCAAAAAGUUUCGAGCAACAAUAGAAUGUAAAAAAACCGACGUUCUUAAUAACCGCAUCAAAGACGCUGCAUGGAACCAACUGGCUGAGGAGUUUAAUGCUGCAGGAGGUCAAGGAAGGGAUGCGAAAACACUCAGAAGCAAAUAUGAAAAUAUAAAAAAGGUUUCAAAGAAAAAAUUUGCAAAUGAAAAGAGAUAUUUAAAUGCUACUGGGGGAGGGCCAGCGAAGAAAAUAAUAACGACGGAUGUAGACGAGCAAGUAAAGGAAUUGCUUGGAACUCAAGUGACAGGGAUGGAGUCGAUGGUAGAUGACGAUUGUGAAGAGAGUGAUAUAGUGGACAUUGAGGAGCUGGAAUUGCUAUCAAAUGCCACUGUAUUAAUGGAGAAAAAUACUCCAGCCGCUCCAAAGGCUGAUGAUGUUAUUGUAGUUUGCGAUACGCAAAAUUUAGAGAAUCGACUGAUACUACCUUCCACCUCGAAGGUGGAUUGGGGCUCACAUACUGCUGCAUCGCUGCGUACGCCCAGAUCAAAGCCGCUAGUAGUGAAGAAAGGAGAAACAUCUUCAUCUGGGAAGAAACCUGUUUUGAGAGACAGGAUGAAUAUAUGGGCUGCCAAUAAAGCAGAGAAACAAAUGGAGGAAAAACAAUGUCUUCAAGAGCUGCACGAAGUCAGGCUGGAAAUUCUACGGGAUGAAAGAAAAUUCAAAUCUGAAGAACAUCAACUUCGCAUGGAGCACUUAAAAGAAAUUCACGCUCUUAAUAAGGAGAUGAAACUUGCCGAAAUAGCUGUAAUAAAGAAAAACCUGUGAAUUGGUAUACAUAAUAAAUUUUUGGAAAUACAUAAUAAAUUUUUGGAA